AUAUUUGUACGGUAACGUGGUCGAUUUUGCCUCUGAAAAUGCAUCAGUUGUUUUUGAUGUAUUGAUGGCUACGGACGAGUUAGAGUUAUUGGAGCUAUUGGAUGAUGUGCAGCAGUACAUUAUAGAGAAGAAGGAUGAAUUCUUGAGCGAUAAUCUGGUUAAAAUUCUUGGAAAAAUCUGGCUUCACGAAGCUUUUAGCCCUUUACGUGAUAUUUGUAUUGACAUCAUCUGUAAACAACCCAGUAUUCUGUUUGAUUGUGAUGAAUUUUGUGAAAUAUCAGAAUCCAUCUUAAUGUACUUUCUUCAAAGAGAUGACUUGGACUUACCGGAAGAAUUCAUCUGGCGCAGGCUGCUAGAGUGGGGCAUAGCACAAAAUGAUGAGUUAACUUCGACGAGCGAUAUUAGCAGCUGGACGAAGGAUGAUUUC